AUGGAUCUGCUUCAUCAUGAACACUUGAAUUCAUCCAAUGGAUUUUUUUCGGUUGUCCGAUCCACAGCCGAAUUUCCUGACUGGGCACUGGACAAAGAGUCGUCGUUUCCUUCUUCAGGCCAGAUAUCAAAUGUCGAAGACCACGAGAGUGGAAAAGGUUGUGAUAUGUCAGAUGCCGCCUUGAGCUACAUUGACCAGAUUCUCAUGGAAGAGGACACGGAAGAUGGGGCCCACACGCUCCAAGGGUCGUCGGAUUUUCAAGCGACCGAGAGAUCCUUCUACGAGGUACUGGGACAAAAAUACCCCCAUUCUCCGCAGCAAGAAUAUCCGCAGCUUUAUGCUGAUCAUCACUAUAGUUCGAUGAGUGGAUAUCUAAUUGAUGUCGUCCGCGAAAGACGGUUCAAAACUCCCACGGGCCCGUUUGACGGUCUCACGGAUCACAUUGUUCCGUCCAACUCCUCCAUUAGCCCGUCGAGUGGCUUGUAUAGCAUCGUAAAGCAUAAAAGAUCUUUUGGCGGGAGUGAAGUGGUGGAAGUAAAGCGGUUUUUACCGGGCGAAGAUGGAGCAAGAACCACCAAGAAUCCCCCGGUUUUUACGGAGUCCGACAUCCCCAUAGAAGAAUUCGACAAGCUCUUGCUCUUCACGCUCGAUGACCGUGACUCGAAAGACGUCCAAAACCCGACAAGCGCGGUGAGUAAGGCCCGACUUUGGAAGUCUCACAAGGUUAAAAGAGAGGCGAUCGACUGGUCGACCCUCUUGACGAAAUGCGCCCAAAUGGUGGCGACGGGCGACAGUCGAGCCGCGGCUGCUCUUCUAACUGAAAUCCGACGGCACUCGUCCCCUAACGGCGACUGGGCCGAGAGGCUGGCCCACUACUUUGCCGACGGGCUUGAGGCCCGCCUGGCGGGGACCGGCGGCCAGGUGUACAAAUCGCUCGGGUGCGACCGCAUCUCCCCCCCGGCCUGCCUCGAGACUUACUACAUGUCGAUCGCGUCUUUCCCGUGCCGGAAAGUCACGAACUUCGUCUCGAACAAACUCCUCGCGGCCCGGUCGGCGGGCUCGGCCCGUGUCCACGUCAUCGACUUCGGCAUCGUCCACGGCUUCCAGUGGCCGACCUUCAUCCGACGCUUGGCCCUUCGGCCCGGCGGGCCCCCGAGGCUCCGGAUCACUGCCGUCGACUUCCCCAGGCCGGGCCCCGGGCCCGCCAAGAUGAUGGAGGAGACCGGCGAACGGCUGGCCCGCUACGCGCGGGCCUUCGGCGUCCCGUUCGAGUUCUCCGGGAUCGUCGCUUGGGAGUGGGAGUCGGUUAGCACGGCGGACUUCCGAGUCGAGCCAGGCGAAUUCUUGGCCGUGACGUAUUCGCACCGUGCGAAGAACCUUCGGGAUGGGUCGAAAACGGCGGUUCUCGAUCUGAUACAGAGAAUCGGGCCCGACUUGUUCGUGCAUGGCAUGGUGGACGGAGCGUACGGCGCCGGGAGUCCCCUGUUUCCCACGCGUUUUCGGGAGGCUUUCUUCCAAUUCUCGGCAUUAUUCGAAAUGGUGGAGACGACGAGCAUGCCCUGUGGGAAGUCCGGGAGAAUGCUGUUCGAGGGGAUGUUUCGAAAGGAGAUAAUGAAUGUGGUGGCGUGCCAAGGGCCCGAUAGGGUAGAGUGGCCCGAAACUCGGAGGCAGUGGCACGGGCGGCACGUUAAGGCGGGGUUUAGGCAGGUCUCGUUCGGGAGGGAGCUGACGGGCUCGGUCGUGAGGAAGGUGAAGGUUUCGGGUUCGUACCACCGGGAUUUCUUGGUGGAGGAGGAGAAACAGUGGCUGUUGAUGAGUUGGAAAGGGAGGGUGAUAUUUUCCUUGUCCUGUUGGGAGCCUACUGAGGUCAACAACCUUUGA